ACUAAAAGAAAAGAUAAAAGGAAAGGAAAAACUCUCUCUGUUGGCUUCGCUCUCUCUCAACUCCGCCGCUCCGAAACUGCUCUAAGAUUCUUCCGCCGUCGAUCAGCAACUGUCCCUCUUUCCCCGGCGGCGAUCGAGUUCCCGUAAGAAGCUUUUCCGACUACUAUUCUCCUCUCUGCUUUCCGGAAUUCAGUUCUUCGCUCUCCCUUGCGUCUCUUUCAAUUCCCUCCUCCUCUAUUCGUUUAACUUCUGCGUUGUUCUAUCUGCAAUGUACCUUUUGAUUCGUCUUCCAGUUCUUUGGUUUCGGAAAUUAGGUUUUCGUUACGGAAAAUCCUGUUGUGCUGAAGGGUUUUGUGGGACGGGUUUCUCUUAAUUAUUGGGUGGUUAUCGUCUCUACUUGUCGAUUCUGAAUAUUCUUUAGUUCCUUUAUUUGAUUUCUUUCGAUUUUGUUUCUUUCUUCGUGCUCUGUGAUUUUUCUCUGGGUAAAUUGAGCUGGAGAAUGUUGCCGGGGGGGGCUUUGGGUUUUCCCGCAUCCUCUGUUUUCUCUGGCGAUUCGUGUUUAGCUUUUCUUGAUUCACAAGUCUUCUUUUUUAGCUUCUUGGGUCUCUGGGUUGGGGGUUUAAAGGUUUUGUUGUUGACUUGGCGUAGUGGUGUAGGUAAUUAUCUAUGAGUUAAUUUCUCUGAUUACGAACUUCCCUUAUCUUUCCGUGGUCUUUAAUUUUCCUUCGACUAGAAAGGAAAAAACGAUCCGGUUUCCUGAACUGUGAGAUUGAUUGUUGUUGAAUGGUUGAGGGGGGAAAGGUAAAAACCUAAUUCGCAUCUCUCUCUUUCUCUCCCCGUUUCUCUAUUCCUGCAACACUUCUUUCUCAUUUCGAUCACACUGACUGAAUACCCAGGAGAAAAGAAAACGAGAGAAGAUGGAAAGCUCUGAAACUGAAAGGAUCAUGAUGGAGGAUUUGGAUUGUGGGUUCGUCCUUGUUGAUUUCCAAGAAAAUCUGGCGGCAGAAGACGGAAGUCCUGAGGAGGAAUUGAUGUCUGAUGACGACGACGACGAUUUGAGAUACACCAACUCGGUGGCUCUGAAGCUCACCCGUAAAUUUCCAAGGAAGAGAUGCGCUGUGAGCAUUCCACCAUGGCAAGAGCAAAUCAAGGAUGUGAUCAAACACCAGGUGCUCACAUACCUGCCUGCCAAGUCAGUCUGCAGAUUCAGAGCCGUUGCCAAAGACUGGAACAACUGGAUAUCUGCACCGCUCUUCGCCCACAAGCAAUCGGUUUGCUUCACCGAAAUCUCGGGCCUCUUCUCCCAGUUCCCGGGCGACGAACCAUGCUUCACACCCUUUGAUCGGCACUCCUGUGGGGUUCCAACUCCAUCCCUCAGCUUCCUGCCCGAAAAGGUCGAGGUCCGAGCCACUGAUGGCGGCUUGGUCUGCUGCCGAAGCCAUCUAGGGUCCUACUACAUCUGCAACCCAGUCACCAAGCAAUGGACUAAGCUUCCAGAGCCAAUCAUGUACCAUGGACCCAAGGCAGCUCUGGGGCUCUCCUUCGAGCCUUCCCCGUCCAGCUUCUCGGCACAUUACCAGCUCGUUUGUGCUGUUGUCACCACCAUCUCCUCACCCAUCGAUGAUGAUGAUGAUGAUGAUCCUUUAGUGGUGGUUUCGUUUGAGAUCUACUCUUCAAGGUCCGGCGAAUGGAGGGUCUGCGGCGCCAUGUACUGUGAUGGCGAUUUGGGUUCUCCUGAGAUUGUUGGGGACGGGCUGUGCUUGAAUGGGUUUAUGUACUGGGAGACAGGAGGUGGUAAAGUACUCACCUUCGACGUGCAGAAUGAAGAAUGCGGCGUCCUCACUCUGCCACCCGGCCAUGGCCCACAGGGGUCGUUGGGAUUCAUGGAUGGAGAGCUGUGCUAUCUUCUGCCAAUUACUAGUCGGUGGGAGCUGGACGUAGAAGAAGAAGAAGAAGAAGAAGGUGGGGGCCUCCAGGCGGCGGUGAUUCAAGUCUAUGGGGAUAUGGACAUGAAGCUGAAGCGUGUGAUCAGUGUGGAUUACGGCGCGAGGGAGCACUGUAGUCGAGUUUUGGCGCUGGUCCGUGACAAGGUAGUGAUUGCAGUUUUCGGGACCCAGAUUGUGGCGUAUGAUGUUGAAGCUGAGAAUGGGGAGCUGAUAGGCACAGCGAGGGAUGAUGGGUUUGAGAGGUUUCUGCCGUAUGUGAACAGCCUCGUGGGUGUGAAGGGUGCUGCCUCUGCAGAUCAAGAGGACUAUGUGAGUUCUGAAUCUGACGACAUGGAUGUGUAAAUUUUGAGGGAUUUUUGGCAAGGAUUAGAGCUUCAGGUGACACGACCUGGGGAGGCUUGUAGGUUUUCUUUUUUCUGGCACAGACUUCUGCAUUAGGAAGGUUUAGCGGAUAGCUGUUGGUAUUGUUUCAUUUUUUUUCACUGGCUGUUGACUCGACAGUUUGAGUAUCACUGUUUCUAGUAGAGGUGGGGCGAUCACCAUUUUGGGACAUAAAGUGGAUUGAUUGUG